AUGAAGCAAUCGGCGUGCUUUUUACUUUCCUCGGCCGUGACCUGGGUCCUUUGCAAUCCCGUCACGGCCGUGAAGUUCACGCAGGAGGAUCUCGACGAUCUCGGGUCGGAGAACGUCACCGAGUCACUUUCCACGGCUUUGAUUCUUCGCUCCUCCCGCGGCGCGGAGUGGCUGAAUCGGUCCCAGGAUCAGGACCUGGACGCGGUGGUGUCCGCGAAGGUCUUCGACGCAAUAGCGGGUGGGUUCGAAGAUCUUGGCAAGACGCUGGCAAAGGUCGGCUUGAAAGCUGGGGAGGCCGCCGGCAAUGCCGCCAUGGUGGUCGGGGACCAUGUCAUCGAAGCUGCAAAAAGAAAGAUGGAUUCUUUGCCAUUUAAACAGUGGGCGGACGACCUGGGCAGAACCGCCAAGACCAUGGCUAACGGAAUCAAGGACGCCGGCAAAACGCUUGAGCAGGGUGUCGUUGAUCUGGCGGACGAUGCCCUGCAGCAUGCGCAGGGCCUCGCCGAGCAAGGAUUAGAGAUGGCAGAGAAAGUUGGCACAAAAAUUGGCGAAGACCUCGAAGCAGCAGCUCGUGCGGUGGGAGAUUCGGUGCAAGAGCUGGAAAAGCUGGGCCCGCUCGCCAUGGCAAUCGCGAAAGAAACCUGGGAUCAAAUCAAGAAGUUCGUGAACUGCCUGGACAACAACGGCCUGAUGUGUCCGAUCUUGAUUGGCAGCCACUGCGAUUGCCCCUCCGGAAGCUCCGUGAGGUUCGACGGCGGUGAGUUGGUCUUGAAGUGCGUCAUUGGCAAGUCUGCAGAACUUGGCAUGGGUUUCGGCUUCAAGGCGAAGCCAGGAGAGCUUUUCGGCCCAAAGCAGAAGAACGGCAAGCUGCAGCUUCCCGGUCAGAUCUUCGAGGAGAAGAAGGCGGAGGUCAAGCAAGCUUUCAAAAAGACCAAAGGUGGUUUGAAGAACAAGAUGUCGGCAGCUCCCGCCGGAUCUUGCGAGACAAGUCUCGACAUGGCCAUCGAGGGCCAUGUGCAAAAUUCCUUGACUUUUGAAAUGAGCACCAGCGGCCCAAAAUCGACGAUCACCAUCUCAGGCGGGAUCGGUGUCUCCUUGGAUGGGAUGAUCAAGGCUCAGGGCAGCUGCAAGUUCACAGCCGAGAAGCGCUUUCCGAAGAAACCCAAGAAGAAGGUGAUGUGCUACAAAGCUUUCUGCAUCGUCAUCAUGGUGCAGAUGGUCGCCCAGCUCGAGGUCAAUGGUGUCCUAACUGGCACCGUUGAGAUGGGUGCGGAGGUGGGAUUCGACAUCUCAGGCUCCGUCACGCUCGACAAGACCACGGGCAAAGCCACCGCGGAGUUCCAGGCUCCAUCCGUCGACCGCCAGGCGGCGUUUGCCAUUGGGAUGAGUGCCUUUGGCUCGUUACGCCUGGGCGCGGGACCCUUCAUCGUCAUCUUUCCGGUGCCGGGCGCCCCCGUGAACUUCAACCCAAUGCUCAAUUUGGAGCUCAGGGCGCAAGGCGACAUCAAGUAUGGAGAUGGCCUCUUCCUGAUCCAGGAGCCUGAAGCUUCGCCUCCAUCAAACAUCAGCUUGGUGGCAGAGACUGAGAAAUACCAGGACGCGGUGUCGUCCAAGGGCGGCGAAGAGCCGCUGAAGCUCUGCGCUGCUGCAGCGCUGAAUAUCUACAUCGACACCGGCAUCACUACCGGUGGAUUUCGACUUCAGUUUCACCCCCCAGGACAUCAUCAAGGAACUCAUGAGCUCUUUCACGAAAGGCGCACUGAUGGCGCUAGAGGUCUUGAACGCUGGCCUGGGUUGCGUCCCGGGUCUCAAGCAAGUCAGCAGUGUUGCCACGGCGGGCCUGAAGAAAGCAGCCGAAACAGCCGCCGACGCAGUCACCUCCAUAAUCCCGGACCUGAAUCUCGACUUCAGCGGCAAGCCCGUCGCGCUGGCCGUGGAGAAAGUCUUCUGCGUGGAAGCAUACACGACACCUGGCUUUUCUACUUCUCCGUGCGCGCGAGUUACGAGAGUUUCUGGCUCAACUUAGUGCAGUUUUUGUUUGCUGUUCUGUUGUAUAUUCUGCCCAAGAAAGAAGCAGUGCCGAGCGUGAAGCAGUUUAUCGACAAGAGGCAGUUGAUCCAUGAGCUCGGACUGGGCGAAAACUUCAUCGAGUUAGGCAACUUCCGCCUGGGAGCCAUAGACGACACCCACUUCUCGAUUUCCCAUUGCGACAGGGCCUCAGUUUCUGUUGAGAGGGAGAGAUUUCCGGGAAGAAGCUCAAGCGUGACAGUCGAACCUGACUGGGUGGCAUGUCAGAGGAGAUGCAGAAGUGUCUCGGGCUGCGCGCAUUUCACUUUCUGGCCGAGUGGUAACUGCCGCUUGCAGAGCAGCGACCUGGCCUUUCAUUUACGUGAGGCGCUCAGCCAUCCUGAUGACGGCUGGAAGGGCAUCACAGGCCCGCCCAGUCAUUCGCAGGCUAAGUGCGAGACAAUUCAGAUCUGGCGCGCCGACGGCACGACCCACUAUGGCCCGAGAGCCGAUUUUCAGGCCUGGCGCGACGUACACGGCAACCUGCGGCCGCUGACGGCCAGCGGUCAUUCUGUCGGGAUCCACUUCGGCUUCGAGUUCAUCCAGAUUGGAAAAUUCCGGCUUGGUGCUGCCGACGAUACUCACUUCUCCGUCUCGCACAGCAAUGGCAACACCAACGAGAUCUUCAGAGAUGAUGGCCUCGUAUGUUGUGGCGGAGCCAAGGAUUUCGGAACCUGGGAUCGUCCUGUUGGAGCGCCUAUGGGCAUCAGCUAUGGCGACAGAUUCCUCCAGCUGGGUGACUUUCGGCUUGCAGACGAAGACGGCGUUCGCUUCGUCCUCUCCAGCGUCAAGACGAAGAAGAUUAUCCAAGUCUUUGACAGCAGGGACGGAAAGACGCAUCCGAACACCGGAGUUUACACCGCGUUCUCCAAUGUCAAUCGUGCACCAGCACACUACACUGUCAAGGACAUCGGAGUAACCGCAUUUGGACCUUGUGAUCCCGAAUUUGCGGCUUUUGGAGAUCGGUUCAUCCAGUUAGGCAACUGGCGCAUGGGGAUCUUCGACGACAAGCAUUUUACGAUCGCUCACAAGGACGGGAAGACUCCCGAGAUCUUGAGGUCGGACGGCGCGGUAUUUUCAAACUUCCCCCCCUCCGCCUUUCACACCUGGAACAGGCCUCUCGGGUAUCCCUCGGGCAUCGCCUUCGGACAUCAGUUCAUACAGAUGGGAAACUGGCGCGUGGCGGCGAUCGACGACACACAUCUCAGCAUCUCGCAUAAAGAUGGCCAGACGCCGAAGACCUACUCGUCUACGGGGCACAUCACGAAUGGCCCCUCGACAGCGCACAAUGCGUGGUCAAGGCCCAUCGGACCUGCCUCAGGCGUCACCUUCGGCGAUCGAUUCAUACAGAUCGGCAAAUUCCGAAUCGGUGACGCUGAUGGAAUUCAUCUCGCCACUACCUACCUCUCCGGCGUCCCUGGUGGAACCUCGCUCUUCCUGCAUGCACAUUGGGGUUGGUGUGGCACCAUCAACAAGCAUGUGUACGGACCUACAGUCAACGCGCGCCAUGCGCACUGGCACUGCGGCAGCUUGCAGGCUAACAUGGGCUCCUGCCCGGGCAUUGUCACAGGCCAGCCCUUGCCAGAUACAGAUAUAAUGUGUGUAUACAUACAUAUAUAUAUAUAUAUGUAA